UUAAUCUCUACACAACUCUAAAAGUGGGGGGAGAGAGAGAGACCUUCGGCUUUGGCCAUCAUCGCCAAAACCCAACAGUCAAAACCCUUAUCCCUCAUCCCUCUCCGCCCCCAUCACUGCAGCUAUGUCUUUGGACUCUCACAUAGAAAAGGUCCUAUGGACCAAGUUCCAAAUCUCAAAACGAGUCACCGAACUCGCCUCUCAAAUCACCUCCGAUUUUUCCUCUGUUUCUCCCCCUCCACUCGUUGUGGGCGUGGCCACUGGCGCUUUCUUGUUCUUGGCUGACUUGGUCAGGCAAAUCCAACUCCCCAUUUCCGUUGAUUUCAUUCGUGCCGAAUCAUACGGUUCUGGCACUGAGUCCAGCGGAGCUCCCCGUAUUUCCCUCGACUUGAAGCUCGAUGUUAAAGAGAAACACGUCAUUCUGGUUGAGGACAUUGUAGACACAGGAAACACUUUAUCUUGUCUCAUUAAACACUUGGAAUCCAAGGGAGCAUCUGCUGUAUCAGUGUGUACUUUCCUUGAUAAACCAACCAGAAGGAAGGUGCAUUUUGAACUAUUGGGUGAUGGAAAAUAUUACCAAGGAUUUGAGUGUCCAGAUUACUUUGUCGUGGGUUACGGAAUGGACUUCGCUGAACUAUACAGGAAUUUGCCUUAUGUUGGUGUCUUGAAGCCUGAAUAUUACAAUUGAGUUGAUUCAUCGUCAACAAUGGUAGUAUAGAAUUAUGGAGGUCAACAGUUUUACUCUGCAAAAUGUAUGCUAAAUACUUGCAGAUAGUGUUAAUUUUUGAAAUUACAGAGCUAUAAUUUCUUGAAUAAAAGGUGAAGUUUGCAGGAUUGUACAAA